CCAUGGUGAAUUUGGGCUGGAUUCCGGGCACGGGCCUGUUGCGGCAGGCCUGGGAUGCCACCCGUUUGGCCGGAGCUAUCAUUGAGAAGCGCCGUGAGAAGGCCGUGGUGCUAGCCCGUCAAGCCCAGCCGAUCCAGACUUUCAAAGGCGCCAAGGCCACGGCUCGCGUCAAAGAACUCUUUUAUGCCGGCCAGUAUGAAGCCGUGGCCCGCCUGUUUUUGCCGCAUGCCCUGGUUAACACGGCCAUCACCACCCGAGACUUGUAUUUCAAAAUUUGGGAUCUCUACUGGAUCUUCGCCGGACUUCGCGUGUUGUUGGCCUUGUGUCCGCAAAUCGGUUACGUUCAUCCCGACGAGUUCUUCCAAACGGUGGAAGUGGUCACGGGCGAUGUGUUCCACACGCACGUGGAACGCUCAUGGGAGUUCAACGUGACCAAUCCCAUUCGUAGCAUGGUCAUUCCCACUGUUUUGUUCGGCAGUCCGUUGCAACUCCUCAAGGGACUGAAUGCCGUAGUCCAUUAUUACACGGGCUGGCGGGUCAUCUCCGUUUAUUGGACGUUGGUUUUGCCCCGUUUGAUCACGGUGGCAUUGUCCUUUGGGGUGGACUACGCCGUCUAUCAAAUCUGUUUGCUCCACAAGCACAGCUACAACAAGUGUUUGACCACCUUGGCCAGUUCUUACGUGAUGCUCGUGUUUGGCUCCCGAACGUUUUCCAACACGCUGGAGAUGAUAUUCGUGUCGAUGUUGUUGUACAUGGUGGUGCAUUGCAUGAAACGCACCGCUGAAACGGUCUACCUUCAGUCCCUCGUUCAAGAAGCUUACGAUAAGGCCGAUUCCGUGACCGAGAAGGUCAAACUCAAUCGGAAGAAGAAGAUCAUUCCUGAGCACGACUUCAAGUACUUCUGGCCCAUCUCCGUGCUCUGCAUUGUGGGCUUCUUCAAUCGACCCACGUUUGUGUGUUUUGCCGUGGCGCCGUUGUUUUACUGGUUCCAACGGGGCGUGGCUACGGAUUCCUACUUCACUCCGUUCCAAAUCUUCAAUUUUCGCAUGGCCUCAUUGGUACCAGGUGCUGCUCUCACUGGUUGUCUCUUUGUGCUCUUCGAUUCGUUGUAUUAUGGAGAAUUAACUUGGCACAAAUUGUGGUGGUUAACUAUGAGUUGGUCGGACUGGAAAUGUACCCCAUUACAGUUUAUCCUAUACAAUGUGGUACCGGGCAAUCUGGACCAGCAUGGCACGCACCCUCAUUACCUGCAUACCCUCAUCAACAUUCCGUUAUUGUUCGGUCCCUUGGGUGUUAUCUCUCUGAUCUCGGCCGCAUAUUUUUUCUGCGAGAUGCUCUGCAAUGAAUGGCGAAAGAAGCCCGGAGUACGAACGGCUUACGCCCUAACCACAUUUACAUUCAUGGUGUCCCUCGGGAGUUUGUCUUUGAUCCCACACCAAGAGCCAAGGUUUCUGAUUCCUUUGAUACUGCCCUUAGUCAUUAUGAAUGCUCACAAACUUCGUUGGCGACUGGGUGGUUGGCGGCCUUUGCUCGGGCUCUGGUACUUAUUCAAUGUUCUGAUGGUGAUCUUCUACGGAUUUAUACAUCAAGGAGGUGUUCUCCCCACGAUUUCGUUCAUCGCUAACCAGAAAUUCCAAUCUGGAACACAAGAGGCCAAUUUUGUGUUCUCACAUACUUACAUGCCACCUCAGUUUUUGCUCCUUCAGCCCAAAAGUUACUCCCCACAUUCCCGAAUCAUUCGGGAUGACGAUGUCCGGAUUCGUUUCCACGACCUGGCUGGAGCUUCCAUGGAAGUUCUCAGUGAGAAGCUGAUCACGUUGGGCUCGAGAUCGGAUUUCCUAAGCAAGCAAAGGGCCAUCGAAAACUUUGUGGUGCUGCCAUCGCAUUUAAUUCGCCAACUCAUGGUGAAGAGCCAGGACCGAUUGAGAUUCGAGCCCAUUUUUAAAGUGAGUCCUCACUUGUCCACAGAGAGCCCUCCCAGUUUCGAUGGGUUCUUCAACAAACUCGGCGACGUCCGAGCCGGUCCAAUGGAGAUCGGAAGCGAACUCAUCACCACAUUGACUCACAUGACAUUGAGCAUGUAUAGGGUGACUUUGUCGAACGGACUGCACAAAGUGGAGCUUCUCGCCGAGGCAGCCGAACUUAUCUAAGCUUUAUUUAUGUUCAGUCGCACGAACAAUGCACCAAUCGGGGUCUACCUAACUGCCCUUAUUAACUCUUAACCCAAGCACUGCAACAAUCCUAGGCCGAAUUUAAUUUGCAGAAAAUAUUGUUUCCUUAUUUAACUAUACACCAGAAAUACAUCCUGAUUCUCAAAGAAGAUAAGUUUAUUUAUGGACUCUGACGGUCAAAUGUUUCUGGGACCCGGAAAGGCCGGCAUCAGCUUUGGUAAGCGUGGUUUUCUCCGGCGUAAUCUAAACCGCGUGCGACAAUACUUGUAAGAGACGUAGCAGACACCGCAAAGCAAACAGAAUAUCCAAAACAUCGUCCAACUCAAAUGGUCCUCAAUACCGAACACCCGCGAGUCCUGGGCCCCAAUCCAAU